GCAGCAGCGCAGUGACAGCGGGUCAGACCGCAGCUCGGCUCCGAAAUGGCACGAAAAGGCGCACAACUUUUCCCUGGCGCUUUAAACAUGACCCUUUCAUCGUGUUUCACUUUGAAGCUGCCGCGUUUCUAACCAGCGCCUCGAACGUGGAGUUAGUUUGAAAAACAAAACUCUUGCGAAACUUUUUGCGAAGUUUUGGUCAAGAUGACUCGAGCUGAGAGCGCUGCGGACGGACGGAGCCACAGGCGCACUGCAGCUGUGGUGUAGUGGUUAACACUGUCGUCUCACAGCAAGAAGGUUCUGGGUUCGAGACGCCCCGACGGGGGCCUUUCUGUGUGGAGUUUGCAUGUUCUCCCUGUGUCCGUGUGGGUUUCCUCUGGGUGCUCCGGUUUCCCCCACAGUCCAAAGGCAUGCAGGUUGAUGGCAGUUCCAGUGCAGAGUCUUCUUCCUGCUCUUCCUCCGAGCCCAGUCCACAACAGAGGCGGUGCGGGAGCAGACCCCAGCCCGAGGGUGCACGUUCAGUCAGCAUCACCGAGACGGACCGGGACGACGGCAAUAAAGCAACAGAUUUGUGCAAGCAAUGUCAGGUGACUGUAGCAGAGCUCAAGAGGCAAGCACUUGUCCUAACCGAGCCAAGAUCACUGCAGGACCCUGGUUUUGCCACUUUCCUCUUUGACCAGCUACAGGUGCCAGACUGGCCAGUGCAGGGUGGGCAUGAGGGGGCAAGGUGUCCGGUUUGUGCCACCCCCAUGCAACAGUUGAGACAGCAGGCCCUCCAGGCUCUACAGGACUUGUGCCCUGGUGCAGACAUGCCAACCGUGCCAAACCUGCCCUCCAAAACCUUCCAUGGGCAGCCAACCAGAGUGACCACCCAUGGUGUGCUCACUCUCUCCUCUAGGCCCCCUGGAUCAAGAAUCCCUCAUCCAGUCCAUAGCAUGAUGCCUGUGGCAGAGCAGCGGAGGGGUCUGGGCUGGGCAUCCAGCACCAAGCCAAGCGUCCAGGUCACUGUGGGAGGAGGUGCCCUCAGUGGAGCGCUCAGCUCUGUCACCAUCCAGGCCCAGCAGUACCUAGAGGGCAUGUGGAGCAUCUCACGUGUCAACAACUUCCUGCCUCAGCCAAACCUGGCACAUGGUCCAGUGGCUGAGCCUGAUCCACCUGCUCCACUCUCAGACACGGCCACCACUUCUGUCUCCAUCAACCCGUCCAGACAGAGCAGUCCAGUCCAGUUUGGCUCAGCAGUAUCGUUGUCCUCUAGCCAGCCUACCUCAGCCGCCACCUCCUUCUUCAUCAGGGCUGCACAAAAGCUAAACCUCUCAUCCAAGCGAAAAAAGACCCAGCCGCCUAUGCUGCAGCCGCCAGAGCCGUCCAUUUACCCCACCAACUUCAGCAGCAUCCUCCAGCUGUCCCCUCCACCCGCUCCACCAUGCCUGCUCAGGGCCAGCUCAAAGGCCAAGGAGAACCCUGGCAUGGGCAAGGUGAAGGUGAUGGUGCGGAUCUGUCCAUCUGUAGGAGUGCAGGACUCUUCGGAGUCCAUGUCUUUCCUGAAGGUGGACCAGCGGAAGAAGCAGUUGACUCUGUAUGAACCUUCGCUCCUGACCCAGCCCAGCUCAGGCCACCGACGUACACCACUUGCUGCUCCAAAAAUGUUUGCUUUUGAUGCUAUCUUCACCCAAGAUGCCUCACAGGCUGAAGUGUGCUCAGGGACUGUGGCUGAAGUUAUCCAGUCAGUGGUGAAUGGAGCAGAUGGAUGUAUCUUCAGCUUUGGCCAUGUUAAACUUGGCAAGACAUACACCAUGAUUGGCAAAGACAGCUCUUCUCAGAGCCUUGGCAUUGCGCCCUGUGCCAUCUCCUGGCUCUUCAAGCUCAUCAGUGAGCGCAGGGAGAAAACUGGCACACGCUUUUCCGUACGUGUCUCGGCUGUGGAGAUCUACGGUAAAGACGAAGGGCUACAGGAUCUGCUCUCGGAUGUGUCAACAGGCAGUCUGCAGGAUGGCCAAUCACCAGGGGUCUACCUGCGUGAGGACCCCAUCUGUGGCACACAGCUCCAGAAUCACAGUGAGUUACGGGCUCCCACCGCAGAGAAGGCUGCCCUUUUUCUGGAUGCAGCCCUUGCAGCACGCAGUACCAGCCAUCCUGAUGCAGAUGAGGAAGACCGGCGCAACUCACAUAUGCUCUUCACUCUUCACAUUUAUCAGUAUCGGAUGGAGAAGAGUGGCAAGGGUGGAAUGUCUGGGGGUCGAAGUAGACUGCACCUCAUAGAUCUGGGCAGCUGUGAAAAGGUGCUUAGUAAAAGCAGGGAUGGAGGAGGCAGUUUGUGUCUGUCACUCACUGCCUUAGGCAACGUCAUCCUGGCUUUGACAAAUGGAGCUAAACAUGUACCAUACAGGGAUAGCAAGCUUACAAUGCUCCUUCGUGAUUCACUUGGGAAUAUCAACUGCAGGACAACAAUGAUAGCACAUGUCUCAGACUCACCUGGUCAUUAUACUGAUUCACUCAGCACUAUCCAACUCGCCUCCCGAAUUCACCGCAUGAGGAAGAAAAAGUCCAAGUAUGCAUCCAGUUCAUCUGGAGGUGAAAGCUCCUGUGAUGAAGGAAGGAUUCGCCGACCCCCACAUUUAAGACCCUUCCAUCCACGGACUGUGGCUCUGGACCCAGAUCUACCUUCACUACUGAGUGAUCCAGAUUACUCCUCAAGCAGUGAACAGUCAUGUGAUACUGUUAUUUAUGUUGGCCCUGGUGGUGCUACGAUUUCUGAUCGAGAACUCAGUGACAAUGAAGGUCCACCAGCCUUUGUUCCAAUUAUCCCAUCCCUUAACAGAAAGCAGCGUUGUAAAGAAGGACCAACUGACAAAGAUCAUUUCAAGUGCAACACCUUUGCUGAGCUUCAAGAGCGACUGGAAUGUAUUGAUGGGAGUGAGGAACCAAGUGCUUUUGUUGGUGAAGCUAGAGGAAGUCAAGUAAGCUCAAAGACAGACAUUAUUUCAAUAAAGCCCAAAGAAGGACCUUUAUCGGUUGCGUUUAUGGGUCCUACCAAAACAUCAUCUUCCCAGCAGCACAAUAUAUUAUCCAAACAGCCACUUUCUGCUCACAGUAAACUGCCCAGCAGCCCCAAACACAAGUCCAAAAUUGAACAUUCCAAAUGCCAAAAUUCUUCAGUGUCAGAUGAAGAUAUGCCUGUAACUGCCUGUUGUACAAGGGCAGAUAGUGAAAAGGGGCUGGUAACAGACAGCUUAGCCCCAUGCUCCCCAGGGAAACAAGAUAAAUCAGCAGCAUUUCAAAACUCAGAGCCAGUGGUGAGAGAAAAAAUAUUCUUUAACAGGAAACAACUACCCAAGCCUGCUCCUCCACCCCCACAACAAAGAGACAAUACAAGAGAUAAUAGUGAAUCAGAAGAAAAGUCUGCUGUAAGGAUACCACCCAUUGGAAUGAGCCAUCAAGUACAGAAGCAGUGUGGUUCAGGUAGCAACUCUCCUCUUUUGAGCAGGGUUCAUCAUUUAAACCCCAAGACUCCACUAGAGGUAUGCCAGCUAAAGUCCACACUUAGGGAGCGAGAUAUCUUAAGGACUACAGUAACUCUGCAGCAGCCAGUUGAGCUAAAUGGAGAGGAUGAACUGGUAUUUACCCUUGUAGAAGAACUAUCAAUUGGAAGUAUUAUGGACAAUGGAAGACCCUCCAGUAUCAUAAGCUUCAAUAGUGAUUGCUCUGUACAGGCCCUUGCUUCAGGAUCUAGGCCAGUAAGCAUAAUCAGCAGCAUUAAUGAUGAGUUUGAUGCAUAUACAUCCAGUGUGGGUGCCUCUCAAGUAAACAUUGAGAUGGUAGCACCGUUUUCAGAGGAAACAUUUGUCUCCUUAGACAGCCGUGGUUCUUCUAUUAGUUCUUGGCUUAGUGAAGUAAGUGUCUGCACCACAGAGAGUGAAGGAGCACAGUCUGCAGAUGUCUUCCUUCCUGACAGUACACAAAUUGAAUCAGGAAGUGCUUUCUACCUUGACUCUCUUGGCAUGUUCCAAACCAGUCCCCAGAAGGAACCCAAUAACUCCUUGAAUGAUAGUGGCUUUAGUUUCUCAGAACUGGAUAGUGACAGUGCCACUUCAAGUAAACUCUCACUUAAUAAAUGCUCAUCCUCACCAGAGUCCACAAAAGCUUCCAUCAGAAAUACUUUAAAUAUGGCAAAACCAAAUAACAUUAAUUCAUCUCCAACCCAGACCCUGCAAGACCCGUACAGUGUCCAUUGCAGUCUUCCUAGGAAAAUGAAACCUACCUCAUCCAUAGUCCAGACCAGUAGCAUCAGUCAGAGCAGUAAUGGUAGCAAUUGGAGACGUGAACCACUGAGGCUAGAAGGCACGUCAGAUGACCCAUGGCAUCGGAAAGAGAAUGUGAUACAGUUGCCUAUGGCCUCAAAUUCAAAUCAUUCUUCCAAACAAUUAAAAAAUGGAAUGAGUUGCAUACCCACUAGAAAAGCAGGCACAGACUUUAAUAGUAUUUCACGAAUACCUACAACACAGGGGUCUACUUCCCAAAGGGUGGUAGAUGGAUGUGAAAAAUCCAGCAGCACCAAAAAGGUGGAGACACCCAGCAAAAUGCCACAACUCAGAAGAGGUGCAACCACGCUUGGGACUGUUCCAGUCAUUCAUACAUCUGUUGAUGUCAAGGUUGGCCUUGACCUUGGAUCAUCAGGUAGCUGGUUUUCAUCUUUGGAAAAAAAUGGGAAAGCAAAUAAGCAGGACAUUAGUAUGCUGUCUGGUGGUAUUUUACCUCCUCCACCUCCAAUACGUAAGUCCAGUCUGGAUCAGAAGAAUCGAACCUUGCUACCACCAAGUGCCUUAAAGUCUGUGUGUGAGACAGGAAAGUCACUGGUACUCAGGCCUGCAAAAUCAGAGGAUGAAUGUGAUCUGCGGUACAGAGGAGACUCAUAUAGUUUAAAAACAUCUAAUUUGAAGUUAGAUCAUGGUUUACUAAAAGGAACCUCAAGUCUGAAAGCCAGAGGAGCAAGAGGGGAAGCUGCACAAAUGUAUGGAAGCCAGGUAUCCCUAGAAAGGUCUGACAGUUUGACAUCUUUAGGAUCUAAACCUGUGCUCAGUCGAGAGAACAGUGGGGCCAGUCUUGGUGGAAAGUCAAGCAAAUCUGUUACUAAGUUUGGAUCACCUGUUGCUAACUCUUCCCCAAUCACUACCUCUCCAACUCCCUGUGUUAAUCAAUUCAACAUGGGAAAAAAUGGGCCGAUCAAAAACAGCCUUAAUGCAAGACCAGUGCCUGUAAAUGGAAACAAAGCUCGCACAUUGUCUGCAAGCAAUUCCAAAGCCCUAAGUUCCUCAACUAAGUCUCUCACAACAUCUGCAACGAGGAAUGUUAGCCUCCCACCUUCAGGAAAGAGUGCAUUACCCCGUGCAGGAGCAGGGUGUAAUGGUAAAUCCACAAGGGGAACUAUUAUGGGUACUAAGCAAGCCAUGCGAGCAACUAACAGUCGAGUAGGUGAGCUGGCAUCAGGUAGUCCUUCUGGAAAACAACCAAGGGGAUCUGGUGAUUCUGACAGUGGGAAUGACAGUGGUGUGAACCUUAAUGAUGACAAGCAUACACCUAUCCCUGUCCUGCCUUCUCCUUAUAGCAAGAUCACUGCUCCGAGACGGCCACAGAGGUACAGCAGUGGGCAUGGAAGUGACAACAGCAGUGUCCUGAGUGGAGAGCUGCCCCCUGCCAUGGGGCGAACUGCAUUGUUCUAUCAUAGUGGAGGUAGUAGUGGGUAUGAGAGUAUGAUCAGAGACAGUGAGGCUACUGGAAGUGCAUCUUCAGCUCAUGACUCUAUGAGUGAAAGUGGGAUAUCUUCCAAUAUGCGUCUCAGGAGCUCAAAACCACCCAAAAAGAGAUCAAAUGGCAUUCAGAGGCGGCGUCUCAUCCCUGCUCCUUUACCAGACACCUCCUCUCUGGGAAUGAAGGCUGGAGCCACAGGCCAGUGGGUGGACCUGCCUCCUAUAUCAGGCCCAUUGAAAGAGCCCUUUGAAAUCAAGGUGUAUGAGAUUGAUGAUGUAGAGCGGUUGCAGCGGCGGAGACAAGAACAACUCACAGAGUCAAUUCAGGAUGUGGAUAAGGGUCUCCUGUAUUUUAACACAAAGCUGAAGGAUGUUGAGCGGCGGCAACAACAGAUCAGAGAUCUCAAAAUUAAGCAUGGCACUCUAAAGGAAGAACUGGAGGACACCAAAGCCAGACUGAUGAUGGACCCCAGGAAGUGGAUUGGAGAGUUUGAGGUGGACCAGGACUUAGACCCGGAGUCACAGGAGUACUUGGAGGCGCUAGAGCAAGUCACAAGUGAACUGGAGUACUGUGUCAACCUGUGCAAGUCACGUGUUAUGAUGGUGACCUGCUUUGACAUCAGAGUAGCAUCAGAGAUUCAAGAAGGACCGCGAGAGGUGGAGGUAUGAAAUUAGAAUGGGAUAGAAGUAGAGAUAAAUGACAAGGUGUAGAAGUGAGAAGGAAUCUUGGAAGUCUGAAUGGAAGGAAAAUGAAAUGUAGCAGCCAAUUCACUGAUACGAAGAACAAAAAAGACAAGGAAUAAAGUUAAAAGAGUGGAGCACUGAACACUGCAGAGGAAGAUUGUGUUAUAUUUGAGAAAUGACUGGUACUGGUAAUAUAUAGUGCCUCGCUCUGUGUAAUGGAUUUGAAUGGAAAAAAGCAACAACCUGAUAUUUUUAGAUCAUCUACUAUUUUGAAACAAAACAGACUGUCAUCGUUCAACCAAGAAUUUUUUUCUGCUAUACCACAAAGUGCCUUUGUGAUAUAAUUUCAAUCAUUAUUUUUUGUAUUGGUGCUAGUGCUCUAACCAGCAUACCUAAGCCAACUCUUAACAUAAUACUUUUAAGAAGAAAAUGAUUUAAUAUUACAUUGUAUAGUGUAUUUAUAUGACUAAACAGUCUGUAAAAUACCAUUUUUGUGGGAAUAUUAAAGGCAACAUGAAAGGAAAGCAAUAAGCUAAUGUUAUUGCAUCUUCCUAGUAUUUGCCUUUUUCCUGUACUAUCAAAUUACAGCAUUUUGUCAUCUAACCUCUGGAGCCUUAUGUUCUCUUUCUAGUAACUGUGUGUGACUUUCUAACUUGCAUAUCAAGCAAAUCUGUGAUGUCUUUUAAAGAUCUAUGUUUGUAAUACUGUUGUAAGUCAACCACUGCCAACCUUGGUUGAGCCCAUGCUUAACAUACACUACCGUUCAAAAGUUUGGGGUCACCCAGACAAUUUUGUGUUUUCCAUGAAAAGUCACACUUUUAUUUACCACCAUAAGUUGUAAAAUGAAUAGAAAAUAUAGUCAAGACAUUUUUCUGGCCAUUUUGAGCAGUUAAUCGACCCCACAAAUGUGAUGCUCCAGAAACUCAAUCUGCUCAAAGGAAGGUCAGUUUUAUAGCUUCUCUAAAGAGCUAAACUGUUUUCAGCUGUGCUAACAUGAUUGUACAAGGGUUUUCUAAUCAUCCAUUAGCCUUCUGAGGCAAUGAGCAAACACAUUGUACCAUUAGAACACUGGAGUGAGAGUUGCUGGAAAUGGGCCUCGAUACACCUAUGGAGAUAUUGCACCAAAAACCAGACAUUUGCAGCUAGAAUAGUCAUUUACCACAUUAGCAAUGUAUAGAGUGUAUUUCUGAUUAGUUUAAAGUGAUCUUCAUUGAAAAGAACAGUGCUUUUCUUUCAAAAAUAAGGAUAUUUCAAAGUGACCCCAAACUUUUGAACGGUAGUGUAAAUCCCUUCAAUUUUGACUCAGUUGCCUUGAGUAUUUUAAGGUGAAUAGAACAUGGCACAUGAUCAUAUCUACAUAAGAACACAUUCUAAUAUAACUGAUAUCUUGCAUUUGGUGUUCAAUUUGACACUCUCUUUGUCUCUCUUUCUUCACUCAAAUUGAAUGUACAUAAGGAUUUAUUCCCAAAAAAUUAAAUGAGAACCCAAAAAAGAAAACCCCAAAUGUGACUUAUCUAGCUUUAAAAAAAAAAUUAAAAAUGGGGGAAAAUUUUUUUUCAAAAAAAUAAAAAAAAUCAAAUUUACAGUUUAAUCCAGCCAUUUUGCAUGACCAUUCAGUGUGAUCUGAUUAAAAAAAUGAUGUUAUCUCUGGUCCUUGUUUACAUUUACUGAGACUGCAGCAGUGUGAAUUCAUCAUUGGGCCCUGUAGACUCGCUGUUGUGUGCAUAAAGCAGCUCAUAAUUUAUGUAGUCUGACAGGAUGUGUGGAGUUCAGGAAAGACUGAGAUGUCUCUCAACCAGUAUAUAAAAGAUCAACAGCUAAAAACCUGAUCCAUAAAUAGUUCAAAAUAGAUUUAACUUUGCUUUUCAGAGGCUUACGGAGAGGUGAUCAUAAUUGUCCAGUGAAAACUAGGAACUGAAAUAGUCAGCAUUUGCCAUUGUUACAAAUGAUGCAAUGAUUAAAUUGACUAUACAAAACUACUACAGAUGUUUAACAUUGUUUUACUGAACCACUGUGGAUAAGAUACACUGGAGUACUAGUGCCAGGCAUUGGUUCUAUGCAUUCUUGCAGUCUGUAGAACCUCAAAAUGCUUUUGCCUUUAGCACAAAUGCACUGGCCUUAUUUGGACUUUCAGAGCAUUUCUUUCUGCCUUUUGUAAUUCUCUUUACAGAUUAACUUGCCUAACCUCUAACAAAUACCUCUGUAUUCCUGAUGUCAUGGAGGCAAUUGUACAGGUGUAGAUUGUCCACAAUGGCUAUUUGUUAACUGUCUUUCAAAAUAUAUUUGUGAACGACUUUUGCAUACCAGCAUAAUUACGAAGGUGGUUAUUUCUACUGUUCAUCAGAUCGCAUUAGCAAACCUUUUCCUUGCUAUCCUUUACAAGUACACACUCAGGCCCUUUCUUACAAUGCUGCAUGAGAUUUUUUUUUUAAUUAUUUCUUAGAUAUGUUCUUACUCAUUUUUACAUGUAUUUUUAAUGAUGAUGCUGGACUUCACUGUCAUGGGCAGUUAUAAACAUGAAUUAACCAACUAACACCAAACAAACUUUUUUUUUAUUCUAAAUGUACUUUAUGUCAUAUCAGAUCAUAUUUUCUAAUGUUUUUUUUUUUUGGUUUUGUAAAAGAUUUUCAAACUUUGUAAAAAUGUAUGAUAUGGCAACUUGGUAUGACUUUUUUCUGUUGUGAAUAAAAACAUGUUCUUCUUA